AUGCGUCGCUAUCAACCCGCCUCAUUGCUCGCCUCCGUGCUUGUGGCCCCAGCUCUAGCUGGCCCAGGUCAGAGCCUCGAUGCCAUCUGUGAAUCCACUGUAGGAGUUUACGGAUGCGAGGAAUACAUGCAGAUUCCUUAUGGAUCGGAGCCCAUCACGACUUGUUUCGACACCAGUCCCUGCGGAGUCCAGAUUCUGACCAACAACAAGAAUAUCUGCGACCUCGUCAACGAGACUUACAUUGGUGGUUAUACCGCUUUCUGCCACCGGGCACCCGAUGCGCUAAGAGUGAUUAAGACAGACGGUCCUGUUUGGAGAGAUGGGAAGCUCAGCGGCGCCGAUCGAAUUUCCCUUCAGGUGGCUGACGGUAUUGAAGAUGAAUUUGAUGGACGGGGCUUUAAGUUUCAGAACAACAAAAACACCGUCUUGGCUAAUCAGCUGGUUAACAAGGAUGGCUGGACAGUGUUGAAAGCACCAGUGAUCGAGAUGAGGAGCUACUACGAUAUCGCCGUCGCCCUCAUCAACUGGGAGGAGUCGGGCUAUGCUGAGAGCCAAUUCAAUGCCAUCAUGAAAUGGUUCGAGAACUGGAUCUCCCGUGGCACAGAAAUCAGAAACGGGAAGCUUGCUACGAUGCUCAAGGACUGGGAGAAGGUCUUUGCGACACCAUACAAGAACAGAAUCACCGCCAUCAAAACGGCAGCAAGCACCGUCCAGACACGCGUCGCAACUGUUUCCAGCAAGGUAGAGGCAACCAAGAAGAGUAUUUGCCAGAACAAAGCAUGUACGGGGAAGACUGCUUCCACGUACCUCAGCAACGUUUCUGCGGCUCUCAAGGCAGUCAAGGACCUCUCCAACAUCGUCGCGGCUGCAAAUUCGGCAGAUGAGAAGCGAAAAUACAUCUACUAUAACUACCUCAACAACAUUCAAGCACCGUUCACUACGGAUCCGGUACACUUGGUUCCUAAUAACCUAGCCGACCUUCUUGACGAUAAAAAGCUAAACACUCUUCAAGGACUGAUGCAUGGCUUUGGUACUGUUACUCUCGAGUUAUCAAUGUACUCAAACGACAUCAAGACUAACCUCACACCUCUCAUCCUGCUCACAAAGCACGAGAGUAGAGUUCGGGAUGCCUUGAAGAAGAUCAACAGCCAGCUUACCCAGAACUGGAAGAACAACCAAGAGCUUUCCAAGACUGCGUCCUCUCGAAAGGUCCGCGAUGGCUUCAUCCAGAUCCAGGCUCUUCUUAAGAAGGAACUUCAGGGUUCCCUUACCACUCUCAUCAACGCCAUUGGUGCUUUCAACACCGACUUUGGCAAGUUCCCACUCCGGUAUAACACGAUGGAGAUCGCUUGGGGAGCUGCUCCGUUCGACCGUUGGUUUAACCUGGAGUUUGACUACCCGUGCAGGAAGCAAGUUACGAAGACCUUCACGGAGGCUGGUUUCUCAAAGGAUUUCAGCUGGCCCGUAUUCAGUCCGUGCAGAUUCACUGCUCAGAAGAUUGUCCUGCCUCGUGGCUGGAUCCCUUAUUUGAAAUACCGAUUCGUUAAGAACACGAGCUAA